AUGGAGUCGGACUACAAGAUCGUCAGGGAGCUGGGGACGGGGGCGUUUGGAACAGUGUACCUCAUCAAACACAAGACAGAACCGGAAUGGUUCGCCCUGAAAACUGUGGAUUUGUCAAGAGCAGACUCAAAAGAGAGGGCCAGUGCCGAGAGGGAGGCCAAUCUGAUGCGAGAGCUGGACCAUGAUCACGUGGUGCGGUACGUGGCGUCCACCUUUAACGGGUCCACCCUAUUCAUCUUCACGGAGUACUGCGAGGGCGGGGAUCUGUCACACUUCCUGGAAGACUCCAAUGGGAAACUGCCUGAAGACUUGAUCGUGUGUUGGGUGUAUCAGACGGCUUCAGCAUUAGCGUACUUGCAUCAGAUGAAGAUCCUACACAGAGAUCUGAAACCCCAAAACAUCUACCUCACUGCUGAGGGGGACAUCAAACUGGGGGACCUCGGUAUUGCAAGGGUCCUCGAUAAAGGAAUGGGCAUGGCGUUAACAAUGGCAGGAACCCCGUUCUACAUGAGUCCCGAGAUAUUCCAGAUGAAAGGAUACGACCACAAGACCGACAUCUGGAGUUUCGGGUGUGUGGUGUACGAGAUCGCGGCAGGAGAACAUGCUUUCAGCGCCCCAGAUAUGUCAUGCCUCGUUUUUGCAAUCGUCUCUGGCAAAGUUCCUUUGAUACAUACAUCUUACAGUGAUGGGCUGCGUCAACUGGUGAAGUCGAUGAUGGACAAGGACCCGGAUGAACGACCAAGUGCUGAACAGCUGCUAGACCGUAGACCAGUCAAGGAAUUCGGAAACAACACUCAAAGUGUAUGUACACAUACGAUUGUCUGCAAACUGGGCAGAUACAAAAGUGCCAAGUUUACGCUGGCGACCGAAGUGUCUCUAGGAGCGCCACUUACCAUGGCUGUGCAGUGUUGCAAGAAGUCUAUGAUCAAGGAUUCGAAACCCUGA